AUGUCGCCUUUCGUCGUCCCGAAGUUUGUACAAAGCCGCACUGCAACACUUUUCGAGCCGCCACGGACCAUCAAUCUUCCACUGAUCUUCGCCAUCGCCAUGACCAGAGGGAAGCGGGGCGACGACGAUGGCAACGGCGGGAGCGGCACCGGCACAACCGCGUGCUCCAACGCUCAGAAUCAAUGCCUGCCGACUGAUAUGUUCGUGAUAUGCGGCGACCGUAUUUGGCCGGUACACCGCAGAGUUCUCAUACCCUCGCUAUUCUUCCGGCGCCACUUCAAAGCCAGUCGCAAGUCUCCUAAAUCCCCACCGAUCGACGGCCAAGUCGUGAGCGCUGUACACGCCGCGCUUUGCUUCAUGUACAAAGGCGAUUACGAUGACGAAGACUACGAUCUGGCAGAGUUUGAAAAAGCUGAAGACGCAUAUCCGAUCCUGUUCAAUGUCUACGUCCACGCUGUGGCCGUCAAGCUGGAGCUAGCGGAGCUGGAGGAACUUGCAGUCACAAAAUUCUCCAAAAGGGCAGAGGUGGAGCGUGGGAGCCCUGGCUUUGCGGACGCCGUCCGAGAGAUCUACACCGAGUGCCCAGAAACCCGGCUCGCGCUCAAGAACAAGGUCGUGGAGGUAUGCCAAAACCAUGCCACCGAGCUGUUUGGUGUAGGCGCCAGUGUCGACAGCGACUCUCGCAUAUGGUAUCACAAGCUGCAUGGUGUGCUGAAUACCGUGCCGGAGUUCAGGAGAGAUCUCUUGCGUGCUACGCCGCCGACGACCGGUGGAUAUACAUGGAGCAUUCUGUCCUUGCAGACGGCCGAAAUCUCUUACUUGUGUCCGCGCUAUGACGAGACGUUUGUGAUGUGGAGUGUCUCGGUGCGCCAGAAGAAGCAUUGCUGGUGUCCUUACUGUGGGGCGCAGGAGGAAAUGGUGAAUUUGCAAAAGCAGGAGGUGAAGCUUAAGUAG